AUGAUGAAUCAACAAGAACAACAAGACUUUAUUCCUGGUCUUCAACUCAUGUGUCUUACGCCUGAAGAUGAUUACCAGUACAACGACGAAGAACAAGAUCAAGAAGAAUACAACUGGAUCGAUGACUGUGAAUGUCAAGAGAACCUUGCUACCAUCCUGUCCUUGAAUCCUGAAGAAUGCGUGAUUGACAGCGAGAAUCAUAUCCAAAAUGUCGACGGUGUUCACCUUUUCUUUGAAGAACUUGGUUGCUUUACUGAAGAACCCGAGCCAAUCGAUCCCACUCGCGAUUAUGAUGCUGAAGCCAAGAUUCUAAUCGAGGAAAGAAACAAGACUCGCAAGCAACACGUCGAGCUGUCUUGCUCUCCAAUGCCUUCCCUUGACGAUACCACAUCUGGUCUUAGCAGUACAUCCUCCAGCUUUCAUCACGAUGAUCAGCCUACCUUUCUAGCUGAUGUUCGCUCUCCUCUUUAUAUGGGCGGCCAUUGUGGUCAACAAAAAAUGACCGCAUACGCUUACUCGCCUCAUGCUUUUAGUUCCAUCAGAACUCCCAUCUAA